AUGAGGCCGUCCGGACAGGUUGCUCUCGAUCUUGGCCCACCGUUCGACGACGGUGCCCCUUCAGACUCUGACUUCGAAGAAAUCCCCCACCCCGCAUCCCACACCACCUACUGGACACAGCACGCGCCAGCGCACCCCCCCCAGAGAGAGGAGGAACUCCCGCUCCACUACAUGAGCCAGGAAAACGCACGACGACGGGUCGCCCGCGGCCCCGGAGGGAACGGCGGCGGCGUGUUCACCCAGGUCCCGGAGAAGGAGGGCCUGGACUACUACGCGAACGACGAUGAGGGCAAGGACGUCUACUCCAAAAUGAAGUCGGCCAAGGGGCCUAUUAGCAGCGGUCGCCCCCGCCGCCCACCCCCUCCUCCACCUACCACCGUGCGCGAGUUCCUCUUGCAGAACCUCGAGCACAUCCCGCCCAUCGUCUACACCCUCCUCUCGUGCUGGACGCGCUUCCACAAAAUCGGCAAGGCCAAUCUCGUCGUCUGGGAUGAGGCGCACUUUGGCAAGUUCGGCUCGCACUACCUCAAGCGCGAGUUCUACUUCGACGUCCACCCUCCACUCGGCAAGAUGCUCGUUGGCCUUGCGGGCCUUCUCUCGGGCUAUGACGGCACUUUUGGCUUCGAGAGCGGCUCGACGUAUCCGGACUCGGUGCCGUACGUCGCGAUGCGUGUAAUGCUGGCCACGUUCGGUGUUGCGAUGGUCCCCCUUGGCUGGUACACGGCGGUGGAGCUUGGGAUGUCUUGGAUGGCGUGUCACUUGGUUGCCUUGAUGGUCCUCUGCGAUGUUGCAUGGUUAUGCAUAUCCCGGUUCAUUCUUUUGGAUUCUAUGUUAUUGUUCUUCACGUUCACUACGGUCUUCUGUCUCGCCAAAUUCCACAACCAGCAAUAUCGAUCCUUCUCCUUCGACUGGUGGCUAUGGCUCGCCUUGACGGGCUACUCGAUUGGAUGCGUUUGCAGUGUGAAAUGGGUCGGUUUCUUCGUGACCUCCCUAGUUGGCGCAUACACCAUCGAGGAUCUAUGGGAGAAAUUUGGUGAUUUGAAGAUGUCUGUUCGCGACCAAAUCCGGCAUUGGGCUGCGCGUAUUGGAUGCUUGAUCGUCCUUCCGCUUUUGGUCUACAUGGCGUCCUUCAAGAUUCACUUCCUGGUUCUUAACCAUUCUGGCCCUGGCGAUGCUCAGAUGAGCUCUUUGUUCCAGGCGAACUUGGUUGGAAACACUUUCAAUCAGAACCCUCUCGACAUCGCGUACGGUUCCAGGGUGACGCUCAAGAAUAUGGGUUGGGGUGGAGGUCUUCUGCACUCGCACGUCCAGACGUACCCCGUGGGCUCUGAGCAGCAACAGGUCACUUGCUAUCACUACAAGGACGAAAACAACGACUGGGUCAUCCUCCCCCGCUGGGAUGAAGCACCGUAUGACCCGGAGACCCCCCUCCGCUUCCUCAAGGACGGCGACGCCGUCCGUCUCCAGCACGCCUCGACCACCCGUAAUCUGCACUCGCACCCCAUCCCGGCCCCAGUGACGAAGCUUAACAACGAGGUCUCCUGCUACGGUAAUUCGACGAUUGGCGACUUCCAAGACUACUGGGUCGUCGAGGUCGUCGACGACAUCCACCGCGGGAGCAAGGACAAGUACGAGAAGAUACACUCGCUCACGACGCGCCUCCGCCUCCGCCACCAGGCAUCCGGGUGCUACCUCCGCGCCGCGAACGCCGUCCUCCCCCAGUGGGGCUUCAAGCAGAUCGAGGUCAGCUGCGACAAGGAGAACAACCCCGGGGACGUGCACACGUACUGGAACGUCGAGAGCCACUGGAACGAUCGCUUGCCGCCGGGCGACCAGAAGCUGUACAAGAGCCCGUUCUUGAGGGACUUCUGGCACUUGAACGUGGCGAUGGCCACUUCGAACAACGCGCUCGUGCCCGACCCGGACAAGGAGGACAUCCUCGCGUCCAAACCGACGGACUGGCCGCUGUUGCGCGUGGGUCUGCGGAUGUGCGGAUGGGGCGACCACCAGACGAAGUACUACUUGAUCGGGACCCCAGUCAUCUGGUGGGGCGGCACGAUCAGCUUGGUCCUGGGGGUCCUCACCGCGGGGGUGUAUCUCAUCCGCCAGCAGAGAAAGUACGUCGACAUGGAGCCCCGGGAGUGGGAGCACUUCUUGUACGUCGGCAAGGUCGCGUUGGUUGGCUGGGUCCUCCACUACUUGCCAUUCAUGAUCAUGGGUCGUGUCACCUAUAUCCACCACUACCUUCCAACACUGUACUUCUCCGUCCUGAUGCUCGCGCAUCUCCUCGACCACUUCGUCUUCUCGUCCCGCCGUUUCUCGCAGCGCACAAAACAGAUCGUCUUCGGGGUCUGCGUGUUCGUCAUCGUUGGCACCUUCUGGUGGUUCAGGGGCGUGGCAUUCGGUAUCGACGGCCCCAUAAACGACCACUGGGGUCUCAAGUGGCGCUCAAAUUGGAAUAUAUAUAAUGAGUAA